GACUAUUCAACCAGUUUCUUAUCCAGAGCAUGUGUUGUUCCUUUCUUCUUUCGUUUUUCAUUUACUUGACAUUAUUAGGAGACUUGGCAGUUGACUCCAACUAUUCUAAGCUUACCUUUCUUUUCCUUUACCAAUUAUCUUCUUCUUUCUAAUUACUCAUUCUGAUCAAUUUUUUGUAGCUACUGAAAAAGAAAUGGCUGAAAUUCUUCUCACAGCAGUCAUCAAUAAAUCUGUUGAAAUAGCUGGAAAUGUACUCUUUCAAGAAGGAACGCGUUUAUAUUGGUUGAAAGAAGACAUCGAUUGGCUCCAGAGAGAAAUGAGACACAUUCGAUCAUACAUAGACAACGCAAAGGACAAGGCAAUUGAAGGCGAUACAAGUGUGAAAAACUUGAUAAAAGAUAUUCAACAACUGGCAGGUGAUGUGGAGGAUCUCUUAGAUGACUUCCUUCCCAAAAUUGAACAAUCCAAUAAGUUCAAGGGCGCAAUUUGUUGCCUAAAGACGGUUUCUUUUGCGGAUGAGUUUGCUAGGGAGAUUGAGAAGAUAAAAAGAAGGGUUGCGGACAUUGAUCGUGUAAGGACAACUUACAACAUCAUGGAUACAAAUAACAACAAUGAUUGCAUUCCAUUGGACCAGAGAAGAUUGUUCCUUCAUGCAAAUGAAACAGAGGUCAUCGGUCUGGAAGAUGACUUCAAUACACUACAAGCCAAAUUACUUGAUCAAGAUUUGCCUUAUGGAGUUGUUUCAAUAGUUGGCAUGCCCGGUCUAGGAAAAACAACUCUUGCCAAGAAACUUUAUAGGCUUGUCCGUGAUCAAUUUGAGUGUUCGGGAUUGGUCUACAUUUCACAACAGCCAAGGGCGCGAGAAAUCUUAACCGACAUAGCCAAACAAGUUGGACUGACGGAAGAGGAAAGGAAAGAAAACUUGGAGAACAACCUACGAUCACUCUUGAAAAUAAAAAGGUAUGUUAUUCUCUUAGAUGACAUUUGGAAUGUUGAAAUUUGGGAUGAUCUAAAACUUGUCCUUCCUGAAUGUGAUUCAAAAAUUGGUAGUAGGAUAAUUUUAACCUCUCGAAAUAGUAAUGUAGGCAGAUACAUAGGAGGGGAUUUCUCAGUCCACGUGUUGCAACCUUUAGUUUCAGAGAAGAGCUUUGAACUCUUUAGCAAGAAAAUCUUUAAUUUUGAUAAUAAUAAUAGUUGGGCUAAUGCUUCACCUGACUUAGUAAAUAUUGGUAGAAGUAUAGUUGGUAGAUGUGGUGGUGUACCACUAGCCAUUGUGGUUACUGCAGGCAUGUUAAGGGCAAGAGAAAGAACAGAACAUGCAUGGAACAGAGUACUUGAGAGUAUGGGUCAUAAAGUUCAAGAUGGAUGUGCUAAGGUAUUGACUUUGAGUUACAAUGAUUUGCCCAUUGCAUUAAGGCCAUGUUUCUUGUACUUUGGCCUUUUUCCUGAGGACCAUGAAAUUCGAGCCUUUGAUUUGACAAAUAUGUGGAUUGCUGAGAAGCUGAUAGUUGUAAAUAGUGGCAAUGGGCGACAGGCUGAAAGUUUGGCGGAGGAUGUCCUAAAUGAUUUGGUUUCAAGAAACUUGAUUCAAGUUGCCAAAAGGACAUAUGAUGGAAGAAUUUCAAGUUAUCGCAUACAUGACUUGUUACAUAGUUUGUGUGUGGACUUGGCUAAGGAAAGUAACUUCUUUCACACGGAGCACAAUGCAUUUGGUGAUCCCGGCAAUGUUGCUAUGGUGCGAAGGAUUACAUUCUACUCUGAUAUUAAUGUCAUGAAUGAGUUCUUCCGUUUAAAUCCUAAGCCUAGGAAGCUUCGUGCACUUUUCUGUUUCAUAAAAGACCCUUGCAUAUUUUCUCAUAUGGCUCAUCGUAACUUCAAAUUAUUGCAAGUUUUGGUUGUAGUCAUGUCUCAAGAUGGUUAUGGGGGUUUCGCUAUGGGAAACAAAUUUGGGAACAUGAGUUGCUUACGCUAUCUGCGAUUGAAGGGGCAUAUUUUGGGGAAACUGCCAAAUUAUAUGGUGAAGCUCAAACAUCUAGAGACCCUAGAUAUUGAUGAAAGCUUCAUUGAUCCUCCUACUGGUGUUUGGAAGUCUACACAAUUGAGACAUCUUCGUCAUAAAAAUUUCGAUGAAGCAUCUAUCUGUUGCUUUAGCCCAUUUUUUCCAAACGUGCCUCCUAAUAAUGUACAAACUUUGAUGUGGAUGGAUGGUAAUUUUUUUGAACCGAGAUUGUUGCACCGAUUGAUGAAUUUAAGAAAACUGGGUAUAAUGGAUAUAUCCGAUUCUACCAUUAAGAAAUUAUCAACAUUGAGCCCUGUGCCAACGACACUGGAGGUUCUGAAGCUCGGGUCAUUUUUCAGGGACACGAGUGAGCAAAUAAACUUGUCGUCGUAUCCAAAUAUUGUUAAGUUGCAUUUGGACAGAAUAAUGCCCUUGAACUUUGAAGCAUUGCAUUUGAGCGGAUUAAUGCCGUUGAUCUGUGAAGCAUUCCCUCCAAAUCUUUUCAAGCUUACUCUUAACCGCUUUAUUCUAGACGGUCAUGUAGUGGCAGUGCUUAAGAAAUUGCCCAAAUUAAGGAUACUUAAAAUGCGUUGGUGCAAACAUAAUGAAGAAAAGAUGGAUCUCUCUGGUGAUGGUGAUAGCUUUCCGCAACUUGAAGUUCUGCAUAUUCAAGAAUCAUAUGGGUUGUCUGAAAUAACGUGCAAGGAUGAUGUGAGUAUGCCUAAAUUGAUAAAGCUAUUACUUAUAGAAAGAACUGAUUCCAACGUUAGGCUCUCGGAAAGACUUGCAAAGCUGAGAAUAUGAAAAUCCCAAUGUAUCAACUGUCAACAGAUGCUUUUCAGAAUGAUUGUCUUUGCUGGAGAGCAUCUUCUGAUGCCUGUUUGUAUUUGUAAUAAAUAAAUUAAAUGUUUGAUUGCUCCUUCAAGUUGAUGUAUUUGUGGCUUCUAAUUUGUAAAAUAAAUAAAUUUAUUUAUCUAUUUAUGGUCUUAUGUAUAUUUACCUUUGGAAUUA